CAUCGCGUCAAAACCAUUAUGUAGGAGAUUGGCUGUGAUGAUAAUGUAUUGAUCAUUCAGUGAUGGAUGACUGCUCAGGAUAUAUAAGUACAGCUUGCCUGGGUAAGGCUAUAGUCCAGUUGUGGUGACUCUGGAAGGCAUCAUGCUUUCUUUAGCUCUGGUAUACCUUGUAGCUGCUCUUUGUACAGCCAGAAGGACAUAUGCUGUACCCCUGUAUCCAGACUCCAGCUUGGAGCCACAGGCAGAAUUUAUUCAGAAGCUUGUAACAGAGGUGGAGGAGGGAGGCAACACUGCAGAGGUGGAACAGAGAGAGAUGAACAACCUGUAUCCUUUGCUAAUGCAACACAGCUCUGGGAGAGACUCCUGGACUAAAGGAGUCAAAAAGUCUGCCAAUGAGGAAAAAUAUGCUAACAUGGUGGAAGACCUGAAAGAGGUCAUUUUAAAGAUGGCUGCUGCUGACAAGCUUCGCUCUCAGGAUUUUAUAAGAUCAGAGCAGAGCCUGCCAAAGACAAGCAAGAGAGCCUGUUUCUGGAAAUACUGUGUGACCAACUGAACAAAAGAGAGCUUUCUUUACAACCUUUGUGGAAACACCUCCUCUCCUCUCUUCAUUGUACUUUUAUUUAUCACCUUUCCCUGAUAAACAGAAAAUAUAUUUUUGAAGUUGUACA